ACCGGCAUCAUCCUCCACGCUCCGGCAAUCCACCCUCCUCCUCCUCCUCUUCCUCCCUGCAGCCUGUUUAAUUCCACACGAGGCUUCUACCCAUCUCUCUACCAACAUUUCGCACGGUCUCGUCGCCAGACCUCAUCGCGGAUUCCAGCCAGUUGUCUAUAAAAACGUAAUAUGUCUUCAGUGCUGCAGAAGUUGAUCACUCCUCUGGGCAGCAGCCCUGCUGAGCCUCCCAGGAACAAGGUGACUGUGGUAGGUGUGGGCCAGGUGGGCAUGGCUUGCGCGAUCACCAUCCUUCUUCGGGACCUGUGUGAUGAGCUGGCUCUGGUGGAUGUGAUGGAGGAUCGUCUCAAGGGGGAAUUGAUGGAUUUACAGCAUGGCAGCCUUUUCCUCAAGACCUCCAAGAUAGUGGCUGACAAAGACUACGUAGUAACAGCCAACUCGCGCCUGGUUGUGGUGACGGCAGGCGUUCGCCAGCAGGAGGGUGAGAGCCGCCUCAACCUAGUGCAGAGGAACGUCAACGUCUUCAAGGCCAUCAUCCCCCAGAUUGUCAAGUACAGCCCCAACUGCACUCUCAUUGUGGUCUCCAACCCUGUGGAUGUGUUAACCUAUGUGACCUGGAAGCUGAGCGGUCUGCCCAAGCAUCGGGUCAUUGGCAGCGGCACCAACCUGGACUCAGCCCGCUUCCGCUACCUGAUGGCCGAACGCCUCGGCAUCCACGCCAGCUCCUUUAAUGGCUGGGUGCUGGGAGAGCAUGGAGACACCAGUGUGCCAGUGUGGAGCGGCACUAACGUGGCAGGAGUCAACUUUCAGAGCCUGAACCCGGACAUUGGCACUGAUGGUGAUAAGGAACAGUGGGCGGCCACACACAAGGCUGUAGUAGAUAGCGCCUACGAAGUGAUCAAGCUGAAGGGCUACACUAACUGGGCCAUCGGACUAAGUGUGGCUGACCUGAUUGAGAGCAUCGUCAAGAACAUGAGCCGGGUCCAUCCAGUCUCCACCAUGGUCAAGGACAUGUAUGGCAUUGGUGAGGAGGUCUUCCUGUCUCUGCCAUGCGUGCUCAACAGCAUCGGGGUGAGCAGCGUGGUCAACAUGACCCUAACUAAUGCGGAGGUUGGCCAGCUGAGGAAGAGCGCCGACACACUGUGGGGCAUCCAGAAGGACCUCAAGGACAUCUGAACAAAUAUGCAGACAACUCCUCCAGGACUUUCUGGAUGACUUGUUCCUUUAGUUCCCUGCAGGGAAGCACCCAGAGAAAGACACAGCCACCACUGUCUUGUUUUCAUCCCACCUUCGUCUAAUAGUCUUAGUCCACACGGUGCAGUCUGAGGUACCUCAGUGUUUGCAAAGGAAGGGGGGGACAUGAUUCAGAUGUCUCUUUGUCCGACCAUGUGUUGUGUGUGUCCUAAUAAAGUUGAUCCUUGUGUUCA